CUCACUGAUUCUCUUUUGUCAGUAUGAAGGGAAAUACAGUAUUCUAUCCAGCACAGUCUGUAUCACAGGAGCCAGGACCACGGAGACUUUCUCUGACUGCAGAGGAACAAUGUCAUGCUGUAAUCAGUUAGUGGUUGGCAUAUUUUCUAGAGAAGAUUACAGCUCAUACGAUUGGCUGACCAACUGUGUGAGGUCUGUUACAGGAGUGAAGGAUGUGCGCAGUGUUCAGAUCACCAACACCUGGUCCCAUUUCACUGGUCAGGUCCCCAAAUGCUCGUUUGCCAUCCUAUAUCACAGCAAGAGGAGAGGAAGGAUAAAUAUCUCUGACGUCACAGACAGCCUGUAUGAUAAGGAGCUGAAACACCUGUCAGAUGUAUAUGGAAAGGACAGAGUGCUGGUGGUGAUUGAUGAUCUGACGGACACCAGCGAGAAGGAGAAGAGCCGGAUCCUGCAGCUUCAGCCCAGCAUUGAGACCCUGGCCAGCAAUCUGUUCCUCUAUAAAGAAGGGUAUGGUGACAGUGAUGAGAGGACUCCAUUAAUGUCACCAAGAAAUACAAAAUUGGAGACACUGAUCAGGAGCGCUGCCAUUAAAGCCAUCGUAUAUAGAUGUGUCAUCUGGCUGAUCUUCUCCGGGGUGGUCUUACUUAUUGUGAUCGUUGUUGUCAGCACUGUGCGGAGCGGACACAGCGAAUAUCAGAAUGUGACCUCGGAACCGACACCGACCAUCACUUUGUCAGCUUCUUCCAAUACUUCCGAAAACACCACAUACCCGCCGGGAAAUGCCACCCACCCACCGGGAAAUAGCACCCACCCGUCGGGAAAUGCCACCCACCCGCAGGGAAAUAGCACCCACCCGCCGGGAAAUAGCACCCACCCACCGGGAAAUGCCACCCACCCACUGGGAAAUAGCACCCACCCGCCGGAAAAUAGCACCAACCCGCCGGGAAAUGCCACCCACCCGCCGGGAAAUAGCACCCACCCGCCGGAAAAUAACACCCACCCGCCGGGAAAUGCCACCCACCCGCUAGGAAAUAGCACCCACCCGCCGGAAAAUAGCACCCACCCACCGGGAAAUGCCACCCACCCACCGGGAAAUAGCACCCACACACUGGGAAAUGCCACCCACCCGCUGGGAAAUAGCAUCCACCCGCAGGGAAAUGCCACCCACCCGCCGGGAAAUAGCACCCACUCGCUGGGAAAUGCCACCCACCCACCGGGAAAUGCCACCCACCCACCGGGAAAUAGCACCCACCCGCCAGAAAAUAGCACCCACCCGCCGGGAAAUGCCACCCACCCGCCGGGAAAUAGCACCCACCCGCCGGAAAAUAACACCCACCCGCCGGGAAAUGCCACCCACCCACUGGGAAAUAGCACCCACCCGCCAGAAAAUAGCAUCUACCCAUCCGGAAAUGCCACCCACCCACCGGGAAAUAGCACCCACCCACCGGGAAAUGCCACCCACCCACCGGGAAAUAGCACCCACCCACUGGGAAAUGCCACCCACCCGCUGGGAAAUAGCAUCCACCCGCAGGGAAAUGCCACCCACCCGUCGGGAAAUAGCACCCAUCCACCGGGAAAUGCCACCCACCCGCCAGGAAAUAGCACCCACCUGCUGGUAUUUGCCAACCUCACCUGGCAGGAAAUUGCAUUCACUUACCGUAAAUCACCAUCCAUCUGCCAGAAAAAUGACACCAGCUUGAUGGGAAAUACCACCUCCCAGGCAGGAAAUACUAAUGGGCCAUAAAAUAGCACCCACCCGUUAGCGGCUGCUGGGCUGCAGCACCAACCACACAUUGCAGGGGGGAGCUGGUCAGCACAUAUAAACAUACAUGUGAUGAUGUAUGUAAUAUAUGUGCUGGCUGCCGUACCCAGGGAUUAGCAGAUGCCGCUGUGUGUAUCACUUAUCUGUUGUCUUCUAUAAGACCGCCCCCAGACUCCUGUGAGCCAAUGGGAGUUUGGGGGCAGGCUUAUAGAAGCAGCUAGGAUAAGCUGUGUCCCGUGCUGCGGCAGCUGUUGGUCAAUGAUACACACAACGGUGACUGAUGACCCCUGCGUAAGGCAGCCAGCACAUAUAUUACAUACAUCACAUGUACGUUUACUGUAUGUGUGCUGACCGGCUCACCCCUGCAAUGUGUGGUCAGAGCUGUAGCCCAGGGGCAGCGGCCGCCACUGCACCCACCUGCUGGGAAAUACCUCUCACCUGCUGGAAAAUACUACCCUCCUGUUGGGCAAUACACUCCAUGUUGCUACACUUGCGCUGACAUGAUAGUGACUCCAGAUAUCUGUAUACACGCCUGCACAUCUCAGUCCCCCCAGCACACACCACAUUGCUGACAUAUAUACAGAUCUACAUGUACUGCAUGUUCUCUGUAUUCACUACUUACUUACCAAGGAGAAUACUGUAUAUACUGUAUCUGCCAAUAAGGAGAAUACUGUAUAUAGUGUAUCUGGAGAUAUUGUGGGACCCAUUCACCCUAAGAGACCUGGAGUGAGCUAUAGAUAAUCCAUUCUCUGUUCUGGUAUAUACCUGCUGUAUACUUACCUAUAUAUAACAGUGCCUGUAUUUGUUCAGUGUAUUGUACUAUGUUUGCCACUUCCUACUCUCUCCUAUAUCUACUGUAUAAUUAAAUACAUAUAUAAUCAUUGUACAAUAUGUAAAAAUACACAUUUAAUUUGAGUGCAUAUAUUUCUGUAAUAAAUCUUGUAAACAUUA